AUGAAGGGCUGGCUCCGGACACUGGGCCUAACGGCCCUGCUCGCAGGCUCCGUGCUUGCCAAUGAAGUUGAAAUAAAAUCCGAUGAGGCACACCGCCAACGAUGCUCAGGGAUGUAUAGCCGGAAGGCAUGGGGCGGGAACGUCGACCCCUUUAUCUUGGUGAAGUUCUCUAAAGCUGAGAACCAAGAGGGCGACCCUCUCGCCAGCUUGGUGAUAUUUGAAUGGAAGGACGAAGAAUUGAUUGGCGAGUACCGAACCGCCGACGCCGAGAUGAAGGAUACCAUCUGCGACGAGGCGGCCGUGGACGCGAAACUCUGCGAGCAAGUUGAUGUCGGCUCUUUUAUCCUCACCAAGAACGCCAGCGACGCCUCUCAAAACCCAAUCAUCUCCAAGGCUGUCCACCUGAACGACCCGGAUGCCAUCAAGUACCCCGUGCGGAAGACUGGUUUCUACUGUGUGAGCACCUACGCAUACUCUGGGGAGGACUACAGCGCGGUGGUUACUUUCCGCAACUCAUACGGCGAGCUUCCCGCGGCGCAAAUCGCCAAGCUUCCUUUCUAUGGGGCUUUGACGAUUGUUUAUGCUGUUGUUGGAAUGUUCUGGGCAUUCCUCUACGUUCAAAACCGCCAUGAUAUUCUGCCUGUUCAAAACUACAUCACUGCGAUCCUUGUGUUCUUGAUUGUUGAACAGCUGAUGACAUGGGGAUUCUAUGAUUAUCAAAAUCGACAUGGAUUAAAUGGUAUGGCCAAGGCUUUAAUGAUAAUUGUGGCUAUACUCAAUGCAGGCCGCAAUGCCUUCUCAUUUUUCCUCCUCCUCAUCGUCUGCAUGGGUUAUGGCGUCGUCAAGCCUUCCCUGGGUCGGACCAUGGUCUAUGUUCGCAUUCUAGCCAUUGCGCACUUCAUUUUCGCUAUGGUCUACUCGAUUGCCAGCUUGUCUAUCACCCCAGACAGUGCCGGUCCUAUGGUGCUCCUGAUCGUUCUUCCCUUGGCCGGUACCUUGACGGCCUUCUACGUGUGGACAUUGAACUCGCUCAACGCCACCAUGAAGGACCUGAUUGACCGCAAGCAGAAGACCAAGGCACUGAUGUACAAGAAGUUGUGGUGGUGCAUCCUCGGUAGCAUCAUCGUGAUUUUCGGCUUCUUUUUCAUUAACUCCUUUGCCUUUGCUGGUCACAGUGAAGCCAGCUUCGUCCCUGAGCACUGGAAGGCGCGGUGGUUCGUGCUAGAUGGCUGGCUCAAUCUGGUCUACCUGUUCGAUAUCGCCUUUGUCUCUUACCUGUGGCGACCAACUGCCAACAACCGGCGCUUCGCCAUGAGUGAUGAGCUGGCUCAAGAUGAUGACGGGUUCGAGAUUCGAUCUUUCGGCAGCGGUCUCGACGAGGAAGACCCCUUGGAUGCUCCUCCCGAGUACCCUGGCAGCUCUGCCGCUGAAGGUCGCCGCGAUCUGUCGCCCGUGCCUCCCAAGCCUGUCUCCGCGCCCCACCAACGUGCCUCCAUCGAUGAGGAGACGAUCUUCGCUGUUGGCGAGGACGGAGACAAGUGGUCGGAUGAUGAUGAAUCUCCUCGCAACUCCAGCGAAAGACAAAGGCUCACCCAUUAA